UUCACGUCAUGUGCCUGGCUUUCCUCUUCUGGCUCGCCUCGCCGCGUGCAGCAGCAGCUUUACCCUCCCCACCAUUUGCCCAAAACGAUCAACCCCAAGGACUCUUCCUAGGCCGGGGUUGACUCACUCACUCCGCCUCCACUCUCCACGGCGGCGGCCGCGGCGGAUGGACAUGGACGGAGCUAACCAAGACCGGCUGUCAGGCUGCGGCGAGGAAUGCGACGCGGAGGGCUGCGAGUGCGGGGCGGACGGCUGCGAGGAAUGCGAGUGGUGGAGGCUGCACUGCUACUGGAGCCACGCCGGCGACCACCCGAGGCAGUUCUCCCUCGUCCCCGGCGACGAUUUCACGGACCAUAUGCGCAUACAACCGCCGGUUGCGAGCCAUCUGAGGAACUUGAUCACCGAGUUUGAGGAGAUCCAUCUUGAAGCUCCUGAUGGCCGCGGCUACCCUGUUAAAAUCGGUUGGGAGUUUGGUGAAAUUGUUCUUAGGUCUGGAUGGCCCGACUUUGUCAAGGCGCAUCACAUAGAACAAAACUACUCCGUCUGGUUCGUGUACCGUGGGAACUCCAGUUUCAAGGUUCACAUAUCCAGUUCAUCCGGUCACGACAACUCUUCUCCACCACCUCCUCGUGAUCGUCAUGUGCUGAAUGAACAAGUGGUGCCUGAUCCUGCACAUGUUCAGACAUCAAUCGGCCUAGACUAUACCGCAUUCCCUGGGACCUGCGUAAGCCAUGAACAAGACAAUAAAGUGCUAGAACUAGCUCAGAGCAGCGUGGGAUCUGAAUUUCGUCUGCAUGUGGCAGCUGUGAUCAAAAGAAAUGCCAACAGGGACUGCCAUGUUUACAUACCAUUGACGCUUUUGGACAGUUUCAAAGAGGGGAUAACUGAAGCUCCCAUUCAGCUCAAAGCCCAUGGCAAGGGCAUGAUAUACGUUGUUGGCGCAAGCAAGCAUGAUGAUGACCAAGUAAUCCUCCAAUCUGGGUUGAGUCGUUUUGUAGCUUGUCACCGCAUGCAAGACAACGACCUCCUCGUCUUCAGAAGGAACGGGAAAGCCCACCUCGAAGUUCUUGUCCUUGACCCAAGCGGUUGUGAGAAAACCUGUUUUGACACAGGAAACUAUUCAAACGCGAGAGAAGGCCGUUGGGCUAAAUCAGGACUCCAAGCUCGCGAGUCUAAUGAAGCCGGUUUAGAAGCUCCUAGGUCCAACAAUUACAUAUCAACCGGGCCCCCUCUACAUAGCCAACAGGAAGCGAAAGUCGAAGAGAGGGUCCGGGCAAUUGGUUCCGUAUUUCCUGUGUUUGUGAAAGUGAUUACCUUCAAUGAUGUUGCUACCGUGUACUUGGGCAAGGACUAUGCUUCGGCAUGUCUCCUGACCCGGCCAGGACGCCUCCGGCUCCUUCUGGAGGGUGACGAGAGGGAUUGGGACUGCAGGCUGGGCUUGAGGAAAUCUAACAAAACUUGGUGGAUCGGCAAAGCCUGGAUGAAAUUCACCUCGGAUGUCGGGCUGGAGGAAGAUGACAUCUGCCUCUUCGAACUGACCGACACGAGCAGCCUCACGAUGAAGGUCCAUGUGAUCCGCAAGUCGGAUAUACCGGCGCCAUCAGAGAGUUAAUUUGACUGAAGAAUGACCUGAUCGAUGCUAGAUAGAGCCUGUGGCUAACUGAUGAUGUACCCUACACUAUAGCUGACUCCUGUGCUAUUGUUGCCGAUCCCUGUAUUGCUGCUUGUUUAGCAGCCACCUCAUGAACAACUUCCUAUAAUUAGUGAUGACUGGGAUUUCUAACCAUGUCUCUCUAGUGAGAUGACAAAAAUUCUAGUUGAGUUUGUGUUUCCUACUCACAUGCGAUGCUUCUUCAGCUAGGACUAGGACGUGUCCCUUUCUUUCAAGUCAAAAUUGUUCCA